AUGUUAGCCGAUCGACCGAAACAGGAGCCAGCCAUCUCAGGAUCUGGCCAACCUGUAGAUCCUGGUCACGGAGCUGAACUCAUAGUCCACCCGGACGUGGGCAAGAGAUCAGACACGACCGGGCCAGCACCAAACGUGUCAAUCCCUUUUCACCAAGCAUUGUUUAGGAUGCCCUCAGAGGAAGGAGGCAGAGCCCACCGAGACCGAGGUUCCUCGUUAGAUGAGGCGCCUGAAAGGGAUGCGAGGAAGGGAAAAGCGCCACGAGAUGGAGACUCGCCCGAACGGAUCAACGACCAGUUCUCGCGAGGAAUCAUGGAGGAUCCCUUACCUCGCCACUACACCCCAUUGGCGAUUGGGGAGUACAAUGGGAGUGCCAAUCCAGAUGAUCACUUGGCCAAGUUCGACAACGCGGCCACUCUGCAUCAGUACACCGAUGGGGUGAAGUGCAGGGUAUUCUUGACAACGCUUUCGGGACCAGCUCAACGGUGGUUCACCAGGUUGCCGACCGGGUCCAUACGCAGCUUCAAGGAUUUCCGGGCCGCUUUCCUGCACCACUUCGCGAGUAGCCGCCGACAUCAGAAAAUGAGCGUCAACUUGUUUUCACUGAAGCAAGGUCCCCGAGAAGCGCUCAGGGCAUACAUUCAACGAUUUAACCAGACGGCGUUGGACAUACCAGCAGUCUCAUCAGAAGUGCUGGUAAACGCUUUCACUAAAGGGCUCGUAGAGGGUGAGUUCUUCCGAUCCCUCAUCCGCAGACCCCCAAAAGAUUUCGCUCAUCUCCAAAGGAAGGCCACGAAGUACAUCAACGUGGAAGAAGCACAAGUGGCCCGAAGGAAAGAGGCGCCUGCCGAGCCUCAACUGGCGGCCGAUCGAAGGAGACCAAGCAACCACCAGCCUUUGACUGGUCCCGGGCCGCGGGGUCGCAACCGUAUCCCGAGCCGAGAAUGUAUGCAGUCCAUAUGGAGGCUGCCCAACUCAAGAAGGGCAAAAAGUGGACCCCCGAUGUUCUGUAAGUUCCAUCAAUCAGGGACGCACAACACGUGGGAGUGCCAAGGCGACCCUAAUGUGCAUCGGCCCGCGCCAAAGGAGUAUAGACAUCGGUCGCCUACGUCGGAUCGGCAGCCCGAGCACCGAAUCGACCGAAAAAUCGAGGGUCGAAGGGCUCACGAGCCACGGGAGCAUCAUCCCCGAGAAAGAAACCCUACUCACGCCUCGGCCGAUCGGAACAGACAUUCGGUGCAAGAAGAGGAGAACAUAAGGAACGCUUCCCGUGGAGAAAUUGGGAUGAUCUCAGGUAGCCCGACUGGGGGAGAUUCCAACCGAGCCCGGAAGGGCCACGCGAGGCAGCUGACCAUAUACGCGGUAGGGUGCAGCAAGGAGAAGGCAGAGGGGCCCGAGAUCAAUUUUGGCCCUAAGGACUUGGAGGGGAUCGAGAUCCCUCAUGAUGACGCACUGAUCAUCAAGGCGGUGAUCGCAAAUUACAUCAUUCGCCGGACUUUCAUCGAUACAGGAAGCUCGGUAAAUAUUAUUUUCAAACAAGCAUUUGAUUUAUUGUAG